AUGACAACCGACACCCUCACACCAACCCCCUCCCCAGAAACAAUCUGGUACCUCGCCUACGGGUCCAACAUGGACCCAAAAGUCUUCUCAGGCCGUCGCAAGAUCCAGCCUCUCGAAUCCCACGUCGUCACUGUCCCCAACUACUGGCUCUCCUUCGAUAUCGGCGGUAUCCCCUUUGUCGAACCCUGUUUUGCGUCGAUUCUCAAGAUGGACCAUACGAGGAUGCACCAGAAGGAGUAUGCACUCGAGGUCCAUUCCAGGACGAUGCAUGGACGCGGGUUUGUGUGGGAUGAGAAGAACCCUGAGAAGUCGUACCCACCAGUCUUGCAAGGCGUUGUGCACAAGAUUACGUUGAGGGAUUGGCAGUUGGUUAUUCAGUCUGAGGGAGGAUGGGGUCAUGAUGUGCCUACAGGAUACAACCAGAUCCAAGUCGACUGCAUUCGACACAGCAGCAAGGAGAAACUGCGCGCAUUCGUCCUCGAAUCCCGCCCCGCCUCUGUUAAGACCCACUGCCAACCCAGCGCCCGCUACAAGAACCUCUUGACCUCUGGAGCAGCCCACCACCACCUCGACCCCUCCUACCAAAACUACCUCGCCAACAUCGUCCCCUACGAGUGCACAGGAGUCCGGUCUAAGACUGCCCGUGUCCUCUUCACUUUGAUCAACUCGCCCAUGAUCCUCAUGUUUGCCGUCAUCGUCCUCCGGAACCGGGGUAAACCUGUCGAGCAGCAUACCAGACCCCCUUACUGGGCUGCAUGGUUAUUUGACAAGGCUGGACGUGUUUCGGCGGCGAUCCAUGAUUAUAUGGUGGCGCCUAUUCUCGGAUCUGGACGGUGUUCGUCUCCACAGCAGCAGGUGUUGACGAGGUUGAGGAUUCAGGAGUCAUUGAAGGUUCCGCUUUCGGAGGAGGAGCAUCAAAAGUGUCGGGAGGCUGAGGCCGACAAGGAGCCUGAGGUCCUCAAGGCUGCCGAAAGGGCCGUCGAGAGCGUCGCUGAGUAA